AUGCCGAGCAAACAACGCACUUUCGAAUUGGUGGAUGCGCCAAAAGUCCAUCGACCAAUGACCAGUAAGCAAGCAAAAAAAGCAUAUCAAAAAGCAAAUCGAACGCCACGAAUAACAAAAGCGGAACAAAAGCGACGAGAUGCCGAAGAACUGGCGAAGCACAGGAAAGCAUAUGAAAAGGAACAAGCAGCUGCGAAAGCAAAAGCGGCGAGAGAUAAGAAAGCUGCAAAAGCAUUAGAGCAGAAAGAAGAAAGGAAGAGACAGGGGAUACCGGAACCCAGCAGACAUGUUCGCCCAAGUCAAUCCAGGAUUUCUUUAUUUUUGAAGCAGGGGACCAAGAGAUUUCGGGAGACAUCGAAUCCAGGUGAAGAAUCUGAGGGUACUAUGUGCGACGAUUUGGAUGACGAACCGCCCGCAAAACGAGUUGCGCAUGGAAUUUCCGAAGAGGACGAGGACGGGGACGGGGACGGGGAAAAGGAUGAAAAUGAGGAUAAGGUCUUGUCGAAACAUAUCACGCGUCGCAAUUGCGAACUUGAAGAUGAAAACCAGAAGGAACAACCUGCAAACAAAAAGAGUGGUGAGAAAAUAGUCAUUCCAAGGUCACCAAUACUACCAGAAGAUUCCGAGGACGAAUUUGGAGACUUUCCGCCCUUGUCAGAAAACGAUAUUUCAUUGUUGGACACAGGUUCCAUGCAUUCCACGCCAAAAAAUGCGAAUCUAGGUAGAGCCAGAUCUGCAGGUCUGACAAGACCCCCGUUUCAAAAUCCUACCACCCCGUUCAAUGAUGAGCAAGAGUUACCGCGGAUGAAGAAUUUUGAAAGGGAGCCAAUGUCGUCCGAUGACGCACUUGAGUUGGAGAAUAUGCUGGAUUCUCAAAUCCGUUCCGAAGCAGCAGAUGCAGCUUGCAAGUCAGAUAGUAAACAAGCAGUAUCAAUUGACAAAGAGAUCUGUAGAGAGGAGACAAAAGCGACAACUCUCACGUCAAAAAGGCUUGUAAAGGAUUUCGCGGAGGAAAGAGAACUUCUUUGGCAUGCGCCUAUUCAUGGUAGAAAUAUAUCAACUUCCCAAUCCGCACAUACCAUAUCACCAUCACGUCUUCCUAGGGUUUCAGCCACAAACACGACGCACGAAAAACAAAACAACUCACACUCACGCACAGUUUCUCAUGAUCGUCUACAAAAUCCACCAUCCAAUAUAAAUGAACGUGCAUUUCUAGUACCAGGAACAAAUACACGCCUCGAUUCCAGGCCGUUAGAUAGUAACCAACCCCGCGCGAAGACAUCGUCAGAUACUGCUCGAACUAUGUCGAAGAAUGCUACGGUCAUUGCAUCUGAGAGUUCAGUGUCUCGAACAACCGGUUUGGAUCAGCAGGGCCCGCGAGAGGAAGCCGUUCACUCUCUUGUGCCCGAAGUUCAUCAUGGUAAACGAGAACCGGCACAAAAAUCACCUAUUCAACCCCCUACAUCCAAAAGUUAUAUACGCCCCGCACUCCAGGAAAAAUCUAUCAACAUGGGUCCCCCAGCUCUUCCCCAGAAAAGCAAACUUAAAACGUCCUCUGUUGACUCGGUCAAUACCAGGAAAACAACCGACGAUUAUAGUCUUCCGCCUUCCACACAGGCAUUUCUUGAAUCUCAUCUUGAUGACUUCUUUCCUAGUGCAACUCAAGAAGCUAGAGAACUAUGUGAAGAAUCCACUGCACCUCAAUCUUUUGCAGUCUCGGGUAGGAAUUUGGAUCACAAGCGGGACGAAGAAAAACAAGGAGAUGUGAAGGACAAUGUUUCUACAACUGUUGAUGAUGAAUUCGGAGGCAUGUUAUCUACGCAGGAACUUAAAAUGUUUUCGCAGGAUUGGGAAAUUUCUGAUUCAACUCCUCAAAAAGGAAAUGAAAGGGAAAACAACAUUGAAUCUCACAAAGAGAUAUCGGCAGGAAUAGAAGAUCUACAAAGCUUCAUUUGUAGCCAGGAUUCAAUUUUUUCCAGUCAAGAACUCGCUGGACUGGAGAAUUUGUCAAAAGCCAAAUCAACGGUGGCAGGUCCCUCACAGCUACCACAAGCUCAAAUAUCCCCUUUUAGUCACCAUCAAGGCCGGCCGGUAAGAUUUCAGAGCCAUUCAGCUGAACCAAGUACUCCACAAAUUGAUCCAGAUAUGGAACUCACGCCCAAGCCAAAAAGAUCACCUUGGUUUAAGGAAAAGCCUGAAGACAAGUUUACUAAAAAGAGAUUUUUCACCGAGAAACCAGAAGAUUUGGAGGCUGCUGCUUUAGCAGAGAGCAAGCGAGCAUGGGAUGAAAUUAAAGAGGCGACUUCAUCUAAUAGACAUAACUUUGACGAUGACCUUGAACCUGAAGUAGAUGGACAGCUUAAAGCUGCGCUCGCUGAAAGUAAGGAGUGGGAUGAGGUAUACAAAGCGGUUCUUCCCACACCCACACCGAGAAAGACUAGCGAGAGGGGUAGACGAGAGAUGGAUACUGAGGAGGUAGAAUUGCAAACACCAUCACGAAUCAAAGACAGGCAGAAGGGAGCGAGUUCUAUGACAAACGAGACGCAACAGUUUCAAAAGGAAGCUAGUGUUGCUAGUACUGAUUAUGGUGAUGGAGAGGUUUCCGAUUGGGACGAGGUAUUGGAUGGGUUUUGA